AUGAAUAAUUAUAUUUUUAUUUUAAGUUCUUUGUUUUUGGUGGGUUGUCUUGGGUUAGCAUUAAAGCCUUCACCUAUUUAUGGUGGUUUAGGUUUAAUUGUUAGUGGGUUUAUUGGUUGUCUAAUGGUUUUAGGUUUUGGUGGGUCGUUUUUAGGUUUGAUAGUUUUUUUAAUCUAUUUAGGGGGUAUACUAGUUGUGUUUGGUUAUACUACAGCUAUAGCUACUGAGGAAUACCCUGAGACUUGAGGGUCUAAUUGGUUAAUUUUUGGGUUUUUGAUUUUAGGGGUGUUAUUAGAGGUUUUUACUAUUUAUACGCUUGAUUAUUAUGAUGAAGUUGAAUUAAUUAGUCUUGAUAGUCUUGGAGAUUGGCUAAUGUACGAAAUUGAUGAUGUUGGUGUAAUACUAGAAGGGGGGAUUGGAGUUGCAGCUAUGUAUAGCUGUGCUACUUGGAUGAUGGUAGUGGCUGGGUGAUCUUUAUUUGCGGGGAUUUUUAUUAUUAUUGAGAUCACUCGGGAUUAA